AUGGAACCGGGCCUAUCAGAAUUGCCUAUUACGGAAUACCAAUUUAUAAAGACUAUUGGGAAAGGAUCCUAUGGAGAAGUUUGGCUGUGUAGGCAUAAUGUUGACAGGAAGCAUUAUGUUAUUAAGAAAAUAGAUGUGACAAAAUCUUCUGACAAAGAAAGGAAGGCGGCCAAGCUUGAGUGCAAACUCCUUUCUGAAUUUAAACAUCCUAACAUAGUGCAAUAUAAAGCCUCCUUCGAAUAUCAAGGUUUUUUGUAUAUUGCAAUGGGAUUUUGUGAAGGCGGUGAUUUAUAUACAAGACUAAGGAUGAGAAACGGAAGCCUUCUGCCUGAACGUCUCUUAGUUGAGUGGUUUGUUCAGCUGGCCAUCGCUCUGCAAUAUAUGCACGAAAGAAAUGUUUUGCAUAGAGACUUGAAAACCCGAAAUAUAUUCCUAACACGUACAAAUAUAGUGAAACUUGGUGAUCUCGGAAUAGCCAGGGUGCUAGAGUCCUCUAGUUCUAUGGCCACAACACUGAUUGGGACUCCGUAUUAUAUGUCUCCAGAGCUUUUCGCCAACAAGCCUUAUAACCACAAGUCUGACAUAUGGGCAUUGGGUUGUGUUUUGUAUGAAAUGACUACACUUCGUCAUGCCUUUAACGCGAAAAAUUUUAAUGCACUGUCAUACAAAAUUCUAAGCGGAAAAAUACCCGAUAUGCCCACUCAAUACAGCCCAGAACUCUUAGAACUCAUGCGCACGAUGCUGCACUUGAAACCUGAGAAACGACCAUCAGCAAGGCGGGUUUUGGCUAAUCCAUUUAUCAGAAAACAUAUCAUUCUCUUUCUUGAGGCUACCAAAGACCGUACCAAUUUGUGGAGUCAUUCAAGCUUUGAAGAUGAAGAACAAACCAGCCAUCAGAGUGUUGAAUACAAGAGGAAUGACUCAGUGGUAUCCAGUGGGUCGUCGAGUGGACUAAAAGCGGUGACAGAGAAAACUGAAAUUGAAGUGAAGCAUGUGAAAGCGCCACAAGAGGAAACGCCUGAAAAAUGUGAGUCUAAGGAAAUACCUAAGGAAAAUAUACGAUCAAUAUUAAAAGAUUCAAAACAAGUCAUUUCAGUUAAAGACAACUUGGGUAGUGGUGAUAAGAACUCGUUUAUUCUUCCAUCAAGGAAAUCAGAAGGAGAAUCGAAUGGGAGCGCUGCGAAAUCAUCAUCGGAUACUUCACACAAGUGUUCACAACAAGAUGGAGUACAAUUCGAUGGGUGUUUAGUGAAGUCAAGUGGUGUGGUGAUUCAGGAGAAUUCACUCCCUCGACGUUUGUCUAAUGCCAGAUUACGUCGUCGACAGAGACGUCGGAUGUCUGAGAAUGAUGGUGAACAACAUAAUGGCCAUCCUGUUCAUUGUAAACAGGAACACCAGGUGGAUCGUGUUAACAAGUCUUCAGAUUUCAACGAGGUGUCCAAUACGGAUGAAAACAGUCCACGUUUUAAGUUCCGUGAAUGUGGGAAGUUGCAUUCACAUUCAUUCAGUGUUCUUCCUGUGUCGAUGUUGCCCAAAUUGCGUAGACCAAGUUAUCGUAGUGAGAGUGAUUCUUCUGUCCAUUCAACAGUACAACAUGCACUGUUGGGGAAUGGUUCUACUGAAUUCAGUGAAUCGAGUGGAAAUUCUCGCCUUCCAGUUGAACAAGCCGAUUCUACAGGAAUAUCAUUCUCUCCUGCGGUGUUUCUCUCAUCUCCACGAGUUAAUCAUGACAGACAGGACUCAUCAGUAUUUCAGUGCAAUUCAACAUCCUUGAAGGACCAGAGUGUUUCAAAAGAUAUUAGACAUGGAAUGGACGGUGAUAAUACUCCUGUACUGAGUCGAGUGACACGUAACGCCAGUAUCAGAAAUCCACAAUGUAAAUCAAGACUCGGUCGAGGUCAGAACACUGAUAAGGAGAAUGAUGUGAACAAGUCAACGGAAUGUCAUCAAAACAGUGACAUGGAGAUCGCUGCAGUGGUUGACUAUCUAUCUGACACUCUGAAAGAUGACUGUCAUCCAGGUGCUCCUGUGAUAAUUCGUCGUAGUAAAAGUGAAAGGAGGCUUGUCACUGUGGACAAUGGAUUUAACAUAUGUUCAGGUGGUCAUCAAAAAUCAUUGACUUGUAGCAGUGAAGAUAAUGGACCGAUUGAACCAAAAGAAGAAACCAUCAACCGAUCCGUGCAAUUAAAGCAACGUUUUGUGGAAUUACACAGAGAGUGUUUAAAAUGUGUCGGACUGAAGAAACUACAUGAAGCUUAUGAAAUUCUGGAUAAAGAUAUGAGUUUUGCAUCACAAGAGAUUUUAUUGAAGAAGAUUCUCGGAGUGGAUAUUUACUCACAGUAUAUGAGUAAAAUUUGGCAGCUGAAAUUACUUGAACAGUCUGCUUUUGAACAAACUCCGUUGAGAUAA